AUGGAGACAGACACAUCGGGGCAACGGCCGUCGGACCUGCGGCCGAGAGAUGAAGAAACACCCACACGGGAAGAAGAAGAUAUCGUACCGCCUACCGAGCUUGCCAUCCCCGAGAUUGAGCAAGAGCACCUCAGGGAAGAAGAAGAACGCGAACGACUGAAUGAAGAAGCAUUCAGGAGAGCUGAAGAGCAAGGAGCACGGCUCUCCGAGGUUGCUGUACCAGCUCCUGUCGAACGAAGACCGUCGCACCGGGAGCCGUGGGCCACAUUAGAAAGUGCGGAAUCGAGGGUUUCCGGGCCCCCGCCCAGCGUUAUAUCGUCUCAAGUCCCCCUAUCGGAGUGCGCUACGAAGCUGUACACUGUUUCGUACCUGAUUUUCUUUUCGAUAUUUGGUGCCUUGGCUAGAGUUGGGCUGGAGGCGCUUACAUACUAUCCCGGAGCACCGGUGACAACUGGUGUGCUAUGGGCAAACGUGGGCGGGUGCUUGCUGAUGGGGUUCUUUGCUGAGGAUAGGAAUAUUUUCCGCGAAGAAUGGGGCCAGCAACAAAACACCGAGAAGCAUGGAAAUGGCUUUUCGUCAGAGGAGAACCAAGGAGGAACGAGUCCUGAAAACAAUCUCAAGCUGCAUAAAGCGGUCAAGAAGACCAUACCACUUUACGUUGGUUUGACGACUGGGUUCUGUGGCUCGUUCACGUCCUUUUCCUCGUUCAUGGGCGACGUCUUCCUCGCAUUGUCGAACGAUCUCCCUAAUCCGAAUACGGGUUCGAUUUUACCAAGAAACGGUGGAUACGGCUUUAUGGCAGUAGUUGCCAUUAUUUUAUAUACGAUAUCCCUUAGUCUAUCAUCGCUAGGUUUCGGCGCUCAUCUCGCUGUUGCCCUGGAUCGGUUUACUCCAACGUUGCCAUUUAUUGUUACGCGCAGAAUCGUUGAUCGGUCCAUGGUUGUUCUAGGAUUUGGCUGUUGGCUUGGAGCCGUGUUUCUCGCAAUCUGGCCUCCAGAUCGACAUAACGGCAUCGAUCAGAAUUGGCGUGGUAGAGCCGUUUUCGCUACUGUGUUUGCACCGCUAGGUUGCCUCUUGCGCUACUAUGUCUCAUUAUUCCUCAAUGCACGGAUCCCGGCUUUCCCUCUUGGUACCUUUACGGUCAACAUGCUCGGAACGAUGAUUUUGGGGAUGUGUUUCGAUCUGAAGCACGCAGCCAACGUCGUUGCAGUGCCCGCAUCUACGACAGCUUUCAGUGUCGGCCGUCUUACAGGCUGCCAGGUCCUAAAUGGGGUGCUUGAUGGCUUUUGCGGAUGUACUACCACUGUAAGCACCUGGAUCGCAGAGUUAUACAGCUUAGAGCUUCGACACGCUUAUCGUUAUGGCCUGCUGACAAUUGGCUUGGCCUUAUCAUUUUUGGUUGUUAUUAUGGGAUCUAUGAGGUGGACUGUAGGAUUCGCAGUGCCCGUUUGCUGA